CGUGCUUCGUCUGCAUGUGUGUAGAUGUGCGUGUAUGAGGCAGACUUGUUUCAGACUGAGCAGAGAGGAGCGUCAGAUCCAGUCCGCGGUCCACACGCCUUCACUGUUGAGGCUCAGAGCUCCGCUGAUGGUGAGAGCAUGAGAGCAGGGGUCCAGCGGAUGAGUGGACGAGUGAGAGGAAGCUGAAACCCAAGGGGAACCAUGUGCAGUUCCCUGAGUCCCAAACAGACCACUGGCCCGGGCCUGACUGACAUGCAGCAGUACCAGCAGUGGCUCGCCAGUCGCCAUGAAGCCAGCCUGCUGCCCAUGAAGGAGGACCUGGCCCUCUGGCUCUCCAACAUGCUCUGUCUGGAAAUCACCGCCGAAAGCUUCAUGGAUCGCUUGGACAAUGGCUCCUUGUUGUGCCAGCUGGCUGAGACACUGCAAGAGAAGUUCAGGCAAAGCAACGGAGUCCUGUCUCCACUUGGCAACAAAAAGACAAUUCCCUAUCGGAGGAUUCCAUGCCGAAAAAGUGCACCGUCAGGAUCGUUCUUUGCGCGGGACAACACAGCCAACUUCCUGUCAUGGUGCAGAGAGGUUGGGGUUGGGGAAACAUGUCUAUUUGAGUCUGAGGGUUUGGUUCUUCAUAAGCAGCCCAGAGAAGUGUGCCUCUGUCUUUUAGAGUUGGGACGAAUAGCAAGCAGGUACAAUGUGGAGCCUCCAGGACUCAUAAAGUUGGAGAAUGAGAUUGAACUAGAAGAGAAAGCACCUUUACCUCCUUCAUCACCCAUAUCCCCAUCUCAGCCUCUCCCACCAUCCCCAGCACUGUCGUCUUCCCCCUCCCCAACUGCCUCCCCAACCCCUGCCAAAGCCACCUCCAGCAAGAAAAGCACAGGGAAACAGUUGGAUGAUGCAGUGCGGCACAUUGCAGAUGAUCCUCCUUGCAAAUGUCCCAACAAGUUCUGUGUGGAGAGACAGUCACAGGGCAGAUAUCGCGUUGGAGAGAAAAUGCUCUUUAUUCGGAUGCUCCACAAUAAGCAUGUGAUGGUCCGUGUUGGCGGAGGCUGGGAGACUUUUGAGAGCUAUCUGCUAAAGCAUGACCCGUGUCGCAUGCUGCAGAUCUCCAGAGUGGAGACAAAGACUUCUCUUGGUGGCAACAAGUCACCAAACAUCAAAGACCUGAGCCCAGACAGCUACCUGGUGGUGGCAGCAAACUAUAAAGGCAAAAAGUGAGACCCUGCAGGAAGUGGACUAAGCAAAAUCAUUUCUCAAAUGGACGUUCAAGUGUGAUUUAUCCAUGUUUUUAGUUGUAAUUUUAAAUUUUGGUUCAGCAAAGAUGCAAUUUUUGUCAUUUGUUCUUGUUAUUUUUUGUCUUUCUUCAAUAUUAAACCAGCAGUAUAAUCGUUUUCUUAAACUGAUGUAAUGGAAUUCUGAUAUGUUUUUGUCAAUGUCUGAUGAUAUCCUAAUUAUUUAUGAAAAGACGAAAAAGCCUUGCCAAAUAAGUAAAUAAGUUGCAAGACUAAACACAUGACUUGCCUGAGCGCUGUAAAUAUACAAAUUAGACAAGUCUAUGGAUUUAUGAGUUAUCAUGCAAUUGAAAUGCUUUAUUUAUUUUGAAUUGCUACGAUGCCAAUAAUCUUUUCAACCUUGCAGUAUUCCAGGUUACAGAAGUCUUCUUUCUCUAAUUUCUUGUACACUACUGCCCUCUAGUGGAGGCCAAUGAUCUCGAUUUACAACGGAACAUACUAUGAAAGACUGCAUAUUUUAUUGAACAUUUUUAAGAUCGUAAGCCAAAGCUUACAUAUCAAUACAUUCCUUUGGCAAUUAUGUUUUCUUGUAAAACAAUCAUACUGCAAAAC